GUUCAUCAUUAAGUUGUUCUAUUUUAUAAGUAAAAUUCAAUGUAAAGCAUGUAAACAAAGGCAUCUACCGUAGAGGACCUCCUUCUGGUUUUCUAUUUUACUCUGGUUUUCCAUGCAAGCAUGAGGAGUGUUGCGAUUGCGGGGACGCCAAAGCCUGGAACACUGCUGGUUGCAAACAACACCGUCCUCCACCAGCGCUACUUUCCGAAAACGCCACGCAUUACCCAGGCAAUCCUUUUGAAGCCAUCCACGCCAGCCGCCGCAGAUGCACACUGCCACCUUGGCCGUUGUGGUCGGAGCCGCCGUACACAGCCUUUUCAAUACCGUCAAGUGCGCCGGGAUUGGCACCAAUCCUGUACAGUGGAGACAACAAUGGGCCGUUGAGGUGGUCAAAAUUGCCAAUGGCAUCGUGCAUCCCAAAGAUUACGCCCGCAUCCAACCCAAGGAGCGUCGCGGCAAUGACGACAACAGCAACCCCACAAUAUUGACCCGCCCGUUUCUCUGUCCACCUUCUGGGUGGAGAAGCACAGGCGUCGACCCAACACCGCCACAUGCCAAACAACCCCUCCUGCAGCGGUUGGGUGCCAUGGCAAGCAUGACUACAGAUGGUGCGGACAACACAAUGAAUUGUGCGGACUGGUGGAAAAAGCGUGCAGAACACGUUGACGGCAUUGGUAAACAGCAAGAGGCGGACCGGAUCACGUCAAGUCUCUUUCUGCUUUGCUUGCCUGGCUUGCAACUGGUCAGCGGCGUCGGCACGAUUUGUCUGGAUCAACUCGAGGCACGUCAGUAUGAUUUUGAACAUACGGCUUCCGGGAUGGAUGAUGCGGAAGAAGAUUUCGUCCAUCAGCCGUCGAACGAUAGCUUGUUGCCGGCCUUGACGUACGUGGCGGGAGACCAUCCUCUCAUGACAUCCUUACUAGCGGCUCCGGACGACUGCUUUUGGAUUCCCGUUUUGAAUACCGGUUCGCGCGAUGGCGCGCACUACUUGGGUCGUGGCACCCAAGGCGAGCCUGUCGAAACUAAUCUUGUGUGUUUGGCCACAAAUCCCGACACGGAUGGUUUUGGACAGGCGCAAUCUCAGUUGAGUAUUCAGAAACAUGAUGUGACUGUUUCGGGACUCGAUCGUUACCAUGCUAAGAAGCAUGGUAACUAUGAUGAAUGUGCCCACGGUGCCGUGUAUAACACCGUGGAGAAUAGUGAAACGGACCACGAUGGCGCUUGGCAGAUCGUGGGGCCGAAUGGAAAGUGA